UUUUUUUUCUUCUCUCUGUAAUCGUCCUUUAAAGCCACCCUUUUUCUGUACAAUCUGGGCAACACAGCCCGUGAAUCAAUGUGAAUCUUUUCUUCCUUUUAAUUCGUGAGGUAAGGAUGACAAAGAACGCAACUUCACAAGACUUGAACAAAACAACCCACUUGGAUUUCUCCAAGAAAUCCAAGCACUUCAAACCACUUGAACCUUUUCUGGGUGUUCUUGGCUUCAUUUUAGUCACUUGUCUCUUCAUUGGGGGCUUCUUUUACUUGGAUUACCGGGCUGUCCUCCACCCUGGUUUCCCUUUGUUUGGACUUCGUGGUACUCCAUCACCACCAUCAGAAGAUUCAGAAGUCGAAGCAGCAAUAGCUAUGGCACCAGCAACAACACUGAAUGUGAAUGGACGGCUGGGAUUUUUAGAUGAAGGUGGAGAUAUGUGUGAUAUUUAUGAUGGAAAAUGGGUUUGGGAUGAUGACUAUCCACUUUAUCAAAGCCAGGAUUGCCCUUUUGUAGAUAGUGGUUUCCGGUGUUUAGAGAAUGGCAGGCCUGAUAGUUACUACACCAAGUGGCGUUGGCAGCCUAAUGGUUGCGAUUUGCCAAGAUUUAAUGCAACAAUGAUGCUGGAAAAGCUGCGAAACCGGCGCCUUGCAUUUAUAGGUGACUCCAUUGGAAGAAACCAAUGGGAAUCUAUGCUGUGCAUGCUUGCUACUGCUAUUCCCAACAAGGAUUCAAUUUAUGAGGUGAAUGGGAACCCAAUCACAAAGCACAAAGGGUUCUUGAGUUUCAGGUUUGAAGAUUAUAACUGCACAGUUGAAUACUACAGAUCUCCAUAUCUAGUGGUGCAGGGCAGUUCUCCAAGGGGAUCUCCAAAAGGUGUCAACAUGACUCUAAGACUGGAUCAUAUGACCUGGAGUCAUCAGCAGUGGAAAGAUGCAGAUGUGCUAGUUUUUAACAGUGGCCAUUGGUGGAGUUAUGAGAAGACGAUAAAACAUGGUUGUUAUUUCCAAGAAGGAACAGAGGUGAAGAUGGAGAUGGACCUUAGAACUGCAUUCCAAAAAUCAAUUGAAACAUUAGUUGAUUUUGUUAGCAGUCAAGUAGAUACAAACAAGACACAAGUUCUUUUUCGCACCUAUGCUCCUGUACAUUUCAGAGGUGGCACUUGGAAAACUGGAGGACACUGUCAUCAAUUAAAGCUGCCUGACUUUGGUCCAUUGCCUAAUAAAACCGAAAAGCUUGUUGAUAUUGUCUCUAGUGUAUUGUCAAAGCACCCACAAGGAUUUCUAGUGAAGCUGAUGAAUAUUAAUCCCAUGACAUAUCGAAGACAAGAUGGACAUACAUCUUUGUAUCAUUUUGGGCCAGGAAAUGGGCCAGGUCCUCUCAAUCGUCAAGAUUGUAGCCACUGGUGUUUGCCUGGCGUGCCUGAUUCAUGGAAUGAGCUUAUUUAUGCUCUUUUUCUCCAGCGGGAAUCCAUACGCUCAUCAAGUUCAACUCCAAAUUCGCAAGCUCCAUUGUGAUUUUGUGACGGUACAUACUUAUUGCCUAUUGCUACUGGCAACAAUACAUGAAUGUAUAGGAAAAAAGAUUCAUAUUUCUGACAAAUAUAGGCUUGAGAUUCGAGAAUCUUGUCCACUUGAUCAAUGAAUUUAUAGCAAAUUCUUUUCCCCUCA